CAGCAAACCAAAGCCCUAAUUCCCAAAUCGGCCAAACCCUAACCAGAGGACCGAGGACGUGCGCGGUGUGGCGGCGAGGACGUGCGGCAGUGCGGCGGCGGCGACUUCCGGCUGCGUCGGCGGAAGGCGGCGCCAAGGCGGGUAGGAGCCUAGGCAGCGCGUCGGGCGGCGGCGACUGCAGUCUAGUCUGCAGCGUGCUCGUCGGCGGCUGCGGCAGAGGCUUCCGGCUGCGGCGUGCGCGGCUGCGUCGGCGGCAGGAGGCGCCGAGGCGUGCAGGCGGCGCGUCGACGGCUGCGGCCGUGCGGCGUUGGGGCUCGGCCAGGCGUGCAGGCCGCCAGUCCACCAGGCCACCACACAGGUACGCGAUGCGGCAGCCGAACGACCACGGCUUGCCGGCCUGGCAUGGAUUGCGUGAGGGGCUUGAUUCAUUGAUUCAUUGCAUUGAUUUGUUCUAGGUAGUUCAAUAGUAGUUAUGUUUUCCGGUGGCGACGGCUUGUUUCAUUGAUUUGUUCUAUAGUAGUUCAAUAGUUCACUAGCACCGAAGGAUUCAACUUCCUCAGUUCCUGUCUUCUUUAUUUUUCAGAGUGUUAACUGUUAAGUGUAUAUUUAUUGACAGAUUGAUAGUAUAAAGCUGUAAAUAUUAGGAAUUUAGAUAACUUAGAACCAUAAUAUUUAAUUUUCAGUGUGUUAAAUUUAUAUAUAUGAUGAUAGUAUGAGGCUAUAUAUGAGCUGUUGUUAGGAAUUUAGAGAAUUUAGAGAGGGUGUUUUCUUCGAUGAACUAUAUAAAAACAAGAAGCAAGAUGAGCAACAAUCUACAUUUAUUGGAAGAGAAUUUUUUGUACAAGUUAAAGGAUGAGGACAUCAUCACUCAUUUUUAAAAUAUCAAGCAUUGAAAAGUUCUCCUCUAAAUUGUAAGUUUUUUUUAUCAUUUUACCAUUUUCUAUCCUUUACAUGUUAUAUAUGUUGCCACUUUCAUAUGUCGAACAAUUAGUACUUAUAUAUGUUAAAGAAUUUGGACUUAUGAUCAAUUCUAUCAAUUUAUAAAGUUAUGGCCAUAUGCUAUAAUAUUAUACAAUUAGUAAUGUGUAAUAUUAUACCAAUUAAUUAUUGGACUUCUAGAAGUAAAAAGAAUUUUGUUUUACCCCUACCUAUUUCGAAUACCCAACCUCUAAAUCCUGGGCCCGCCACUGGAUCAUAAUCCAACGGCCAGGUCCAGGUGACUGAAAUGUGCCUAGCGAAUCCUAACAUAUUCGUUCUUUGGCCCCGGCGAUGAGUAGCAAGUUUAUUACUCUCUCCGUUUCAGGUUAUAAAACAUUUUGACUUUGGUCAAAGACAAACUGUUUCAAGUUUAACUAAGUUAGUUUCAUCAAAUCAAUAAUUGAAUAUAUUUUUAUAAUAAAUUUAUCUUGGGUUGAAAAUGUUACUACCUUUUUCUACAAACUUGAUCGAACUUAAAACAAUUUGACUUUAACCAAAGUCACCAAAGUCAAAACGUCUUAUAACCUAAAACGGAGGGAGGGAGUACAUGCCAAGUUGUUGUGAAUUCCUUGCGGAUAAUAAAAGUCAUCAUCAGUAAAUUCUAUAUAUUUUUCAUAUAUAUCCAAACAUUAUUUCUUUUAUCAGUUCUACACAUACUUAUUGUGGUAUCAGUGCUUUGAUGAGACGGAUACCAUCCUAUGGUCGUGUAUCAGAAUAAUUAGGAAAGCCUAGUGCUAAAAGCUCGAAUACCUAUCCUAAAAUUUCUGGGACCCUGCUUGAAAACCAAGAUUUUGUCUCAAUUCAGACUGAAAAUAUUUUACACAGUGAAGAAAAAUUGUGCAGAAACCAAACGUAAACUAGAUGGAUCAUGCAUUGUUUCAGCACCUUCUAAUUAGCUAGUUGUCUUGAACAGUACACUCCUUGAUUCUUCUGUAUUUCCACUUAUUGUUCCAAUUCCAUGGAUAACAGAGGAAAGUAACCUUGUUGCAUUCGGCAUAGAAAUGGGUAACAAUUUAAUACACCAAAGAAAACUACAAGAUCGUGGCCAUGGUAAACAAAUCGAUGAGAAUGCAAGACCAGGUGUAAGGCUUGAAGACCUUCCAUGGGACCUUGUAGUAUACAAAAUUUUAUCUAAAUUACCACUGAAAGAGGCUGCAAAAACUAGUGUUUUGUCUACCAAGUGGAGGUGCAUCUGGUUGACGUGCCCCAGAUUGUGUUUUGAUGGUCUUGCGAUGUUCAAAUGCGAAAGGGGUGAACUGUUCUUACACGCUCGGCAAUUCAUUGCUCAGGUUAAUGCUGUUUUGCAAAAAUACCAGGGAGAAGUGGUUGAGGAAUUUCAUAUCAGAUUUGAUUUUCACAGCAUACCAGCUCAUUAUCUUGAUAAUUGGGUUAUCUUUUCCUUGUCAUCUAAGAUGAAGAAUCUAGCUUUAGAUCUGCAAACCAAUGAUAUUGAACGAUAUCCUGCACGCUACAAAUUCCCCUUUGAACUUUUGGACAGUGGAAGCUUGUCCGGUCUACAACAUGUGCAGUUCAGUUUUGUAUCUAUCAAACCACCUUCCAAGUUCAGAGGUUUCCCUAACCUGAGAAAGCUUGAUCUGCAACUUCUAGAUGCCUCUUCAAAGGAUUUUGAAACUAUGCUGUCAAAUUGCAAACUUCUUGAAUGGCUAAGCAUGGACAGAUGCCGCCUGAAUGGUGAACUUAGGGUAGGUAGUCCAUUGCCCCGUCUGGUAUACCUACAAGUUGUGUACUGCCAAGUAACCAAGAUACAAUUCCAUGCUGUGGAGCUAGCUAAUUUUGUAUAUAAAGGAGACUUUGUGCCCAUAGCCCUCAAGCAUUCGUUGAAGCUGGAAAAUGCAAACAUCAGGUUAUAUAGUUUGAAUGAUCGGCAUGCUAUCAGUGACCUGGUAAAAUGUUUUCCGAACUUGCAAAAUCUGAAUUUUCACCUUUCUUGGAACGAUGCAGAGACUAAGUUGUUAUCAGAUACACCUUGGAAGUUUUCUCAUCUCAGGUACUUGCGGUUGAAAAACUUUGCAGAUUCUGGGAUCGUGGAGACGAAUUUUUUUGUCUCUUUUCUCAGGGCUGCUCCUUUUAUUGAGAAGUUAGAGAUCCAUUUUUCCAUGAAUUUAUUAAUACUGGAUGAAUCGCAUGAGGACCAUCCUAUCAGGCAACAACUUGGACGCUGUGAAUACAAUAACCUGAAGAACAUGCGUAUCAUAGGAUAUAAAGGUUCAAGAGAUCAGGUCGAAUUUCUUCUACAUGUUGUGGAGAAUGCCCCUGCACUUGAGGUUUUAACUCUAGAGGCAGCUGGAAUAGAGUACCAGGAGGUUUCAUUUGUGUUGAAUGAAGCGUGGAUCGACAGAAUUACUCAGAGUGCCGAUAGAUCUGCUCUGAUUGCUCAACAGUAUCUGAGGGAGAAACUUAGCUCAAAGACACAGCUUUGUAUUAAGACUACUAGUUCCAGAUAGAGCUAGCGCUCUAUGCAAGCCAUGUGAAAAUAGCCAUUAGUGUAAGAUUAAUUAAAUAAUAUUAUUAUAAACUUGAAAAUAAUUGAGUUUAUUUGAUUUUUCUAAA